AUGGCCGAGCAGGCUGGACAAGCCGAGCAUCCGCCAGCGGCCACCACCGCCGCCAAGAAGCGGCGCCGCCCGCCACUGUCCUGCGAGCAGUGCCGCAGGCGCAAGAUCAAGUGCGACCGCGAGUUUCCGUGCGGCCACUGCGUCAGGGCCGACGCUGGCGCCUGCACGUACGCGCCGACGCAUACACCAAAGCCGAGACGGAGGGCCCCUCAUGGUGCUGUCGCCGACGCCGACGCCGCUAGGUCCGGCGUGUCAUCCCCGGGGGGCGGAUCGGUUCCGCGCCGACCGGCUGGGGCCUCGACGGUGGUCAAUCUCCGGCCAACAGCCCGGGCCACGCAGAUUCAAACCCCGGACUCGGAGGAGUUCCACCGGGCGAGCGUCUGGCAACUGCUUCCGCCGUCGUCGGCAGCAGCUCAAAGACAAAGCGACGAGCCGGAAACGCACCGGUCGGGGAGAGCUGCGCAUGGGGAGCCGGCUUCUUCCGGAGGGGCUGCUCACCGGUCCGGGGAGGUGUUUGGUGAGCGCCGUCGGAGCGAAUCCACGCCACCACCAAAGGGAAGCAUCUCAAAGGGCCGGUAUUUUGGCCAAAGCCACUGGAUGAAUGUUUCAGCUUCGUUCCCGGUUGAGCUGUCUAUGCUGAAAAACCAAGAGUACACCCAAGGUGAGCUUUUCCGGAUCUUGUAUCAGUGCAAAGUUCUCUGCCAAAAGAUCAAGACGAUCCGCUCCCAGCCGCUAUCCUCGCUCGACAUUGGCAAGAAUACGCUGCCGCGAGCGGUCUGCGACGAGCUCGUCGAGGCCUACCUCCGCACCUUUGAAGGCGUGUACCGCAUCCUUCAUAUCCCGACCUUCCGCAAGGAGUACGCAAGCUACUGGCAAGACCCCUCCGGCGUCGGUGAGGGCUUUGUCAUGCUCAUGCAGCUCUGCGCCGUGCUCGGCUCCUCCGUCCGGGCAGCACCGGUGGCAUCGGCGGCUCGGCCCGCCGCCGCCGCCCUCAAGAUAACCACCACACGCUGGAUCUACGAGGCGCACAUGUGGCUGAUCCUGCCGCCCGAGAAGGGCCGGAUGACGCUGACGGGCGUGCAGGUGCAGUGCCUGCUGACGCUCGCCAAGAUGACGUGCGGCGUGUCGGCGGACCUGACCUGGGUCAUGGCCGGCUCGCUGCUGCGCACGGCCAUGUACAUGGGCCUGCACCGCGACCCGAGCCGGCUGAGCAGCGGCGCGAGCGUGUACCGCGCCGAGAUGCGCCGCCGGCUGUGGGCCACCGUCCUCGAGCUCAACCUUCUGUACGCCUUCGAGGCCGGUGGCAUGCCGCUGGUGUCGGAGGAUGACUACGACGCGCUCCCGCCGGCGGACCUGGACGACGAGGCGCUCGACGACGACACCACGGACGAUUCGAGGCGGGCGGGCCAGGCGAGCAGCGGCAAGGGCGCGACGCAGAUGUCGGUGCCGCUCGCGGUGUUUAAGUCGUUGCCGCUGCGCAUGGAGCUGCUCAGGUACAUCAACGACUUUCGCGCCGGCGUCGACUACGACAAGACGCUGCGGCUCAACUCGGACCUCACCAAGGCCUGCCGCCUCUUCACGCAGACCAUCGGCGCGGUGACCAAGCAUCAGGAUGAUAACGACUCCUCCUCCGCCCGCAUCGCGCCCUUCCACGUCUCCCUCGCCGAGAUGAUGCUCUAUCGGUGCCUCCACGCGCUUCACUUCCCCGUGCUCUUCACCGCCUUCGACGACCCGCGCUUCUACUUUUCGCGCAAAAUGUGCCUCGACGGGGCCCUCAAGAUCGCCGACCUGCUCGGCUUCACCCGGCCGCGCGCCCCGUCCCCCACCUCCGACUUUGGGCGGCUCGUCAUCCACGGCACCGGCAUGUUCAAGAACAUCCCCGUGCAGGUGUCAUGCAUCAUCGCGCUAGAGCUCAUCCAUGACACGGCCGGCGGCGGUCCGGGGCUCGGCCCAUCUCUGGCCCCCGCGGCGGAGGGCCACGCCACGCUACUGCGCACCUGCUUGGACAGCGCGCUCGGGUGGAUGCUAGACCGCAUGCGCGCGGGCGAGGUCACGGCCAAGGGCCACUGCUUCGUGUCGGCGUGCGUGGCGCACACGGAGGCGCUGGAGAGAGGGCUUGACAAGGCGGCGACGAUGGCGCUGCUGGUGUCGCGCGCGACCGAGGCGGCGCGCCUGGAUCUGGGGUUGAUCCGGGCCGUGGCGCGGGAGAGCGGCGUGCCCGUGGCCGAGGAGGAGGACGGUGAGGAGGAGGAGGGCGGUGGUCAGGUGGAUGCCGCUGAGAGCUCCGCGGUUGAUGUCGGCACAAUCGAAGCGUUGGCUGCAAGCUGGGACGGAGGGGGGGGUGGUGGUGGCAUAAGCUGGGCGUGGGACGAGGCGGACGACUGGAUGUGGGGAGGCGCCUGGUCAUCGCAGCUCAACGUGCCGAUGCCUCUGGACAGCAUGCGUCAGUUCUUUGAGGCGCCGGUCGGCUAUCCGCGGUAA